AUGCCUUCUUUGCUUAAAGCGAAGCUGCGCGAGUACGACACGGCAAUCGCGACGUCGCCGGUCCGCCAUGCUAUUUUUAACCGGCCAUUCACGCAGCUGGUCAAAAAGACCGAGGUCCUCCUCGACCAGAUCACGGGCGCCACCCUGCCGCCCGAGGUGCUGCAAGAGGAACGCGAGCGUGAGCUGCGCGAGCGUGCACUCACCUGCCGCGGUUGCAAGAGCACCUAUGGCGACGAAAAGGGUCUUCGCUCGCAUCAUGCCCUGUUCCCGUCGCACAUCAACCCGCCGAGGAAGCCAAAACCUUCCAGGCGUCCGCACCGUUCCCAAUCGACGUCAGAUGCCCUCUCGCAAGCUACGAACAAACCGGUGCUUCCACCAACGGCAUCGGCCCGGGAGCAGGAGAGACCUGCGAUGAAGCAUUCCUCGUCCGCCGCAGACGUCCUCGGUCUUUCUCCUUCCUCCAUUGACCCGAGCCAUGAACAGCCAGCAGACGACUACAGGGCCCACUUCUCGCCCCUCAACGCUGACGGUGAUGUUCCCCCUCCUUCGGUGCCGACUCGACGGUUGCCCCAAAUCGAAGACCACGAUAAGGACCUGCUGCCUCAUGCUCGUCGCAACUACGACGCCGGUGCUGCUUCUGCUGCCCGUAGGCUUCCCGUCGGGGCCUCUCCGCCCUCGAUAACGAGCAUCACUCGCUCCGCUAGCGAGAGUGCUUUGAACGCCCUGCAGUCCAUCGUUGGCCACGAUGAGAAGGAUGUAGGCGAACAAGAGUCGAGGCCCGCGCUCGCACAAUCUCCUUCCUUCAGCAACGUUAUUCGCGCUGUCAUUGCGACGGGUGCCACCGGACCCUCUGGACAGGCCGUCAUGGCGUCGACGGCUCCCGACUCGCCGCUAAAUGCGGCGCGCUCUUCACCAGCGGACGCUUGGAUCCCUCUGCCUGAUGAGGAGGCUGUUCCUUCUGCCAAGGCUGCCGCGCCGAAGCCAACUGCCUCUGCUGGCAGGACGCGCAAGGGCAGCUUGAGCGCCCUCAAGACGCUAGCCUCCACGCCGCUGGCUGCUCCAACUGCACCUUCUGCCUCUGUAACGUUCGGCGCCACGCCAGCCACGGGUCCCGUCACUGGCCUCACGUCUUUCAGUGACGCUUCCGUCCCAGCAGCCGUUCAGGAUGGAAAGGGCACAUCAGCCAAGAGCCAGACGAUGCCAGUCAUCCGGCGAAAGAACACGAAUCCGUUCCUCUACCAACUGUUUGACGCUGCCUCGCCUAUCUCGCCUCCUGCAUCCCCACAGGCCUUCUUGGCUAGCCGCACGCCGCCGCUGGAUCCCUCGACGCCGCGCACCCCUCUCUCGCCCAAGAAUCCCUUCUCGAGGCUGCUCGACGACGACUUUUACGACGAUCAAGACGCUGAAGAGGCCCCUCAGACGCCUGGAGACACACUCAGCUACACCAGACGAAAGCCAGUGCCUGCAGCCGCAAGCGUGUACGCCAAAGAACACGAGAGAAUUUUUGCAGCGGCGGAGCGAAGUGCGCCUGUUUCUUCUCCUCACUUUGACGCCUUCCUGGCUGCCAACGAAGAGCCAGAGUCUCCGACCGCCAAGUUCCACGCCGGUGCCAUCUCCCAAGAGGAGUACCUAAGCUCGUUCUUCUGA